AAAUGUACAAAAAAGUACCCUGAUAACUAAAAUUCAAUUAAUAAGAUUGGAACCUGCCGUCGGCAUCACACGCACACACACACACACAUUAACACUGGACAAUGACUAGUGAAUUAGAACUACAGAAUAUUUUGAAUUACAGUCACCUGUGAGACAUAAUUAUGAUUUUUUUUUCAUGUUUAAGACAAACUCUCAAAAUUUUUACAUUAUGUGUAAAAGCAAGCAAUUGAUACUGUAUUUGUCUCUACUGAGAGACCAUAAUUUAACAUUAAUUUAACAGAAAAGUUAUCAGAGCCUGAUAACACGGAUAAAUUGCCGUUCAGUGGUUGAGAAGAAUUUGGAGAAUCUGGACCAGUGGCGAGGCUCUUGAGGCUCUUGCUGGUUUAACUGGAGCCGGCAGUUGUGUUUCAAGUCCUGGUUGUAAGACCUGACUUUAGUUUAAACUAAACAAAUACAUUCUCCAGGUCUCCAGGUCAUUUGUUCUUAAAUGUAAGGAUCUGCAUAUUUUCCCUCCAGUGUAUUGUCCUGAAGUCACUGGAAGGAUUUAGUCAGUAUAGUUAUUUUUUCGAUCUCUCUCUACACAACAUAUAUACUUCUAUAGGUUUCCAAUAAAGUUACCUGAAACUCCAAUCAGCCUGCUCUCAUUUUGUGUUGUUUUGCGAUUUAAUGUACAUUUUUGCCAGGAACAAUACUUCCUUUAAAAAAAUAAAAUGUACCAAGAUUUUUUUUUUUGUCUAUUAGGUUCUUCUGUGAAGUAAAGUCUCCCCUGUCAUUUAAUAUGAAAAAAAAAAGCCUUUAACAUGAUGGAACAGGUUGCACCUGAAAACCAGAUGAGCAACUUCAGCCUGUGUCUCUGCUCUGCUCUUACAUAUGCAGCAUUCUUCCGCAGGACAGCAACAGGUAAGAAGACCUCUGAUCCUCAGGUAGAUUUGUAUCAUACAUGCUAAAAUAUACUAAACUGAAAGGUCUUGCAAAUAGAUCUUAGUGUUUGUGCUUUGCACUGUUUAGGAAAACACAGUGAAGGAUAGAAAAUUUAACUUCCUUAAUAGUUCAUUGAGGUUUUUUUUUACUACUCAGUUGGUGAGCAUCUGUCACGUGUCACCGUGCAAUCUGCAAAACCUGUGUUUUUUUGGAUUAUUGAUAUUAUGUAACCGUCCAGAAAAUGCUGUUUUUUAAUUACUGUUUUCAACAGACGUGCACCACCACAUCUUCAAACCUGUAAGUCAUGGCCUAUGAACCCAACCGUGGAGACAACUAUUCACCGUCAGGGACUGUUGCCUUCACAGCCAAGCUGAAAGUGGAGGACAGCUACCCCUGCUCCUCUGGAGUCCUGAAGUUUGCCACUGUGCUGGUCAACGAGGGAGGAGGCUACAGUCCUGACACUGGCAUCUUCUCCUGCCCCGUGGAUGGCUUCUACCACUUCACUGUGCAUGUGUCUGUGUAUGGGCGAGGACAGUGCGCUAUAUUAAAAAAUGGAGAGAAAGUAGUGUCACUGUACCACACUUCUCUGCCAGAUAAAUGUAGCCAAGUGGCUAGUAUCAGCAGUGUGAUCAAACUGUCUAAAAAGGAUGAAGUCUGGGUGGAUGUUUGGGGGCCUGGCAGAAACGAUAUCUUUGCAACUGAAGAUAAUGACACAAUCUUUACUGGGGUGCGUUUGGGUUGACGGCAUUAGUCACAAAAUGUAAAUAAAGUUCUUAGCCGGGCUUUUCUCUUCCUGCAAAGAGCCAAUACCACUUCAGUGUAUGAUUAUCAUUAAUAUUACCAUUAGUGUUAGGUGAAUUUUGAAACAACAAUGUUAAAUUGAGCCUUUGCCUCAAUAACAUCAAUGUUUUCCUUUGUUGUGAACUUUGUCGUGCAAACACAUCUGACUAAUGAUAAUGUAACUGUAUGGUUUAAAUGUAACACUGCA